CACACCUACCCACCACAGUUGACCCUACUGCCCUCCCUGCGGGCCUGCCUGUCAGACAUCAUUGGGGGCAAAAUAAAGUAUAUUUACGGGCAUACUGCCACUCACGAGCAGACUGUUGCAUUCCCUGAAUAACAAAGAUGUCCACUCUCAUCAGAAAGAUUAUUAACACCGCGAAAGCACCGGCUGCCAUCGGUCCCUACAGCCAAGCAGUGCUGGUGGACCGGACCUUGUACAUCUCUGGUCAGCUGGGGAUGGAUGUAGCUUCUGGUCAGCUGGUCCAGGGAGGAGUGCAGGCUCAGACUAAACAGGCUCUGGUUAACAUGGGGGAGAUCCUUAAAGCUUCAGGCUGCAACUACACCAAUGUGGUGAAGACAACCGUCCUCCUAGCGAACAUUAAUGACUUUAACGACGUCAAUGAAGUGUACAAGACAUUCUUCAGCAACAACUUCCCCGCCAGAGCGGCUUACCAAGUGGCGGCGCUUCCCCGUGGUGGCCUGGUGGAAAUCGAGGCAGUGGCGGUUGUCGGUCCUCUUGCCGACUCCUGACUAGGCGGCCAUCUUGCAAACAAGUUAUAGCUCCACCAUUUUUUUUUUUGCAUGCAUUUUGUGAUUUCUAAAUUUGUCUCUAGGCUCGUACAGCCGCUUUCAAUACUGGCCUAAUGACAGAGAACCCCACAAAAUGGAAGAAAGCACGUAAUUUGCCAGUUCUUUGGACUGUGGUACAAUGUUUGACGAGUUACACAAUUAAAACAAAGUCAUGUAACGCUGUGCCAUAAGUGGCUUUCAUUCAUGCAACUGUAAAACAAUCUCAAAUAAAAAAAAAAAAUGGCCAA